AUGGAAAAGCGUGAUAUUGGUCACAACUCGCUCGAGGCCGACAGCAGUCUACAGAAGCAGGUUACUUCGGAGGAAUUGGAGUCUCAGGCGGUCGACACUGCAGACAGUGAGUCGCGUGCCGCGCGAAUACGCAGGAAGAAUGACCUGUGUCUUGUCCCUUCUGUGGCCCUGAUCUACCUUUUCUGCUUCAUCGAUCGUACCAAUAUAGGCAAUGCGAGACUGGCGGGCCUUGAGGAAGACCUGGGGCUCAAGGGAUACGACUACAACAUUGCCCUCAGCAUCUUCUACAUUCCCUAUAUCCUUCUCGAGAUUCCUUCCAACAUGGCCUGUAAAUACUUUGGCCCAGAAAAAUUCCUCCCCUUUCUUACUGUCUGCUUCGGGGUCUGCUCGAUUGCAAUGGGCUUUGUCACAAAUUUCAGCAGCAUCUGUGGGGUGCGAUUCCUCCUCGGAUGCUUCGAGGGCGGAAUCCUACCCGGGAUCGCCUAUUUUCUCUCCCGCUGGUACACGAGAAAGGAGCUCGGCCUCCGUCUGGCCUUGUACGUCGUCAUGGCUCCGUUAGCCGGGGCGUUUGGCGGACUACUUGCGUCAGGCAUACUCAAGUUGAACGAUUUUGGUGCCGUACACACAUGGAAGAAGAUUUUCGUGAUCGAAGGCAUCAUAACCUGCGGAAUCGGAAUCAUCACCUUUUUCACCCUGUCCAACAGCCCCGCCACUGCAAAAUGGCUUUCCGAAGAAGAAAGGAGAAUCGCGACCGACCGCGUGAAUCAAGACCAUGCCACGCAGCAGGGUAUUGAGGACAAAUUCGACGUGAAAAAGGUGGUUUGGGGCAUCUGGAACCCGGUGAUCCUCGCAUCGUCCGCCGCAUUCCUCCUCAUCAACAUCACCGUCCAGGGCGUGGCCUUCUUUACUCCCACCAUCGUCCGGACGAUAUACCCCGACAGCAGCGUCGUCACUCAACAGCUGUACACCGUCCCACCGUACGUAGUCGGCGCGUUCUUUACGGUCCUGUUACCCUAUCUCAUGGGCCGAUUCGACCGCCGCGUGAUCUUCUACAUCGUCAGCAUGCCGUUUCUCGUCCUGGGGUUCGCCAUCUUCCUCGGGACGAGGAACGCGUCGGCACGCUACGCCGCGCUGUUCUUCCUAUCCAGCUUCUGCAUGCCGUUUGUCGUCUUCGUGACGGCGACCGUGUCCGCGAACACGGUGUCGGACGCCACGCGCUCCGUGGGCGUCGGCGCCGCGCUCAUGUUCGGGAACUGUGGAGGGCUCGUCGCGACGUGGUCGUAUGUGCCGCGCGAUGCGCCGGGCUUCUACAUUGCGAGUAGCUUGAAUAUCGCAGUCGCUGUGGCGGUCCUUGUUAUCUCCACCGGGUUGCUCCUCUGGAUGAUUGCGGACAACAGAAAACGCGAUAGGAAGAUGGCUGAGUCGCUGGGCGGCUGGAAUGGGCCCUCGAUAGAGGAGCUCGAGUGGCGUCAUCCACAGUUCAGAUGGAAGCUUUGA